UAUAACGGGCGCCGCGGCGGGGAGAAGACGCAGAGCGCUGCUGGGCUGCCGGGUCUCCUGCCUCCUCCUCCUGCUCCAAGGGCCUCCUGCAUGAGGACACGGUAGAGACCCGGACCCACGCCGUGCUCCUGCCGCCUCGCUGCGCUCCGCUCGGGCCCGGCUCCGCCAGGCCCUGCGGUGAGCUAUGAUCCGCUUCGGGGCUCCCCAGACGCUGGUGCUGCUGACGCUGCUCGUCGCCACUGUCCUUCGGUGUCACGGCCAGGAUGUCCAGAAGGCUGACAGCUGUGUGCAGGAUGGGCAGAGGUAUAAUGAUAAGGAUGUGUGGAAGCCCGAGCCCUGCCGGAUCUGUGUCUGUGACACUGGGACUGUCCUCUGCGACGACAUAAUCUGUGAAGACAUGAAAGACUGCCUCAGCCCUGAGACCCCCUUCGGAGAAUGCUGCCCCAUCUGCUCAACUGACCUCGCCACUGCCAGUGGGCAUCCAGGACCAAAGGGACAGAAAGGAGAACCUGGAGACAUCAAGGAUAUUGUAGGACCCAAAGGACCACCUGGGCCUCAGGGACCUGCAGGUGAACAAGGACCCAGAGGUGAUCGUGGUGACAAAGGUGAAAAAGGUGCUCCUGGACCUCGUGGCAGAGAUGGAGAGCCGGGGACCCCUGGAAACCCUGGCCCCCCUGGUCCUCCUGGCCCCCCGGGUCCCCCUGGCCUUGGUGGAAACUUUGCUGCCCAGAUGGCUGGAGGAUUUGAUGAGAAGGCUGGAGGCGCUCAGAUGGGAGUAAUGCAAGGACCAAUGGGCCCCAUGGGACCUCGAGGACCUCCAGGCCCUGCUGGUGCUCCCGGACCUCAAGGAUUUCAAGGCAACCCUGGUGAACCAGGGGAACCCGGCGUUUCUGGUCCCAUGGGUCCCCGUGGUCCUCCUGGCCCCCCUGGAAAACCUGGUGAUGAUGGUGAAGCUGGAAAGCCUGGAAAAUCUGGUGAAAGAGGCCCUCCUGGCCCUCAGGGUGCUCGUGGCUUCCCAGGAACCCCAGGCCUUCCUGGUGUCAAAGGUCACAGAGGUUACCCAGGCCUGGAUGGUGCAAAGGGCGAAGCUGGUGCUCCAGGUGUGAAGGGCGAGAGUGGUGCCCCUGGUGAGAAUGGUUCUCCGGGCCCAAUGGGUCCCCGUGGUCUGCCUGGUGAGAGAGGACGGACUGGCCCUGCCGGUGCGGCGGGCGCCCGGGGCAAUGACGGUCAACCAGGCCCUGCAGGACCUCCGGGUCCCGUGGGUCCUGCUGGUGGUCCUGGCUUCCCUGGGGCUCCCGGUGCCAAGGGUGAAGCUGGUCCCACUGGUGCUCGUGGUCCUGAAGGUGCUCAAGGUCCUCGCGGUGAACCUGGCACUCCUGGGUCCCCUGGGCCGACUGGUGCCUCUGGUAACCCUGGAACUGAUGGAAUUCCUGGAGCCAAAGGAUCUGCUGGUGCUCCUGGCAUUGCUGGUGCUCCCGGCUUUCCUGGGCCCCGUGGCCCUCCUGGCCCACAAGGUGCAACUGGUCCUCUGGGCCCAAAAGGUCAGACGGGUGAGCCUGGUAUUGCUGGCUUCAAAGGCGAACAAGGCCCUAAGGGAGAACCUGGCCCUGCAGGCCCCCAAGGGGCCCCUGGUCCUGCUGGUGAAGAAGGCAAAAGAGGUGCCCGUGGAGAGCCUGGUGGUGCUGGGCCCAUUGGUCCCCCAGGAGAAAGAGGUGCUCCUGGCAACCGUGGUUUCCCAGGUCAAGAUGGUCUGGCAGGUCCCAAGGGAGCACCCGGAGAGCGAGGGCCCAGUGGCCUUGCUGGCCCCAAGGGAGCCAAUGGGGACCCUGGCCGUCCCGGAGAGCCUGGCCUUCCUGGAGCCCGGGGUCUCACUGGCCGCCCUGGUGAUGCUGGUCCUCAAGGCAAAGUUGGUCCUUCUGGAGCCCCUGGUGAAGAUGGUCGCCCUGGACCUCCAGGUCCUCAGGGAGCUCGUGGGCAGCCUGGUGUCAUGGGUUUUCCUGGCCCCAAAGGUGCCAAUGGCGAGCCUGGGAAAGCUGGUGAGAAAGGACUGCCUGGUGCUCCUGGUCUGAGAGGUCUUCCUGGCAAAGAUGGCGAGACAGGUGCUGCAGGCCCCCCUGGACCCUCUGGACCUGCUGGUGAACGAGGCGAGCAGGGUGCUCCUGGGCCAUCCGGGUUCCAGGGACUUCCUGGCCCUCCUGGUCCCCCAGGUGAAGGUGGAAAACCAGGCGACCAGGGCAACCCUGGGCCCCCUGGACCCCCUGGACCUUCUGGAAAAGAUGGUCCCAAAGGUGCUCGAGGAGACAGUGGACCCCCCGGCCGAGCUGGUGAUCCUGGCCUCCAAGGUCCUGCCGGAGCCCCUGGCGAGAAGGGAGAGCCUGGAGAUGAUGGUCCCUCUGGUCCCGAUGGUCCUCCAGGUCCCCAGGGUCUGGCUGGUCAGAGGGGCAUCGUUGGUCUUCCUGGGCAGCGUGGUGAGAGAGGAUUCCCCGGCUUGCCCGGCCCAUCGGGUGAGCCUGGCAAGCAGGGAGCUCCUGGUGCAUCUGGAGAUCGAGGUCCCCCUGGCCCCGUGGGUCCUCCUGGCCUGACUGGUCCCGCUGGUGAACCUGGACGAGAGGGAAGCCCUGGUGCUGAUGGCCCUCCUGGCAGAGAUGGUGCAGCUGGAGUCAAGGGUGAUCGUGGUGAGACUGGGCCCCUGGGUGCUCCCGGAGCCCCUGGGCCCCCCGGCUCUCCUGGCCCCGCUGGCCCAACUGGCAAACAGGGAGACAGAGGAGAAGCUGGUGCACAGGGCCCCAUGGGACCCUCAGGACCUGCUGGAGCCCGGGGCAUCCCAGGCCCUCAAGGCCCCCGAGGUGACAAAGGAGAGACUGGAGAGGCUGGCGAGAGGGGACUGAAGGGUCACCGUGGCUUCACUGGUCUGCAGGGUCUGCCUGGCCCUCCUGGUCCUUCUGGAGACCAAGGUGCUUCUGGUCCUGCUGGUCCUUCUGGCCCUAGAGGUCCUCCUGGCCCCGUUGGUCCCUCAGGCAAAGAUGGUGCUAAUGGAAUCCCUGGCCCCAUUGGACCUCCUGGUCCCCGUGGACGGUCCGGUGAAACAGGCCCCGCUGUAAGUGUGCUGAGUCCUUCCUGCUUCCUGAACUCUCUGGUGCUAAGGGCCCCUUUUGGGGUAUCAGCCUGCAGCAAAUGGGUCUUCCUGGCAAAGAUGGCGAGACAGGUGCUGCAGGCCCCCCUGGACCCUCUGGACCUGCUGGUGAACGAGGCGAGCAGGGUGCUCCUGGGCCAUCCGGGUUCCAGGGACUUCCUGGCCCUCCUGGUCCCCCAGGUGAAGGUGGAAAACCAGGCGACCAGGGUGUUCCUGGUGAAGCUGGAGCCCCCGGCCUCGUGGGUCCCAGAGGUGAACGCGGUUUCCCAGGUGAACGUGGCUCUCCCGGUGCCCAGGGCCUCCAGGGUGCCCGUGGUCUCCCUGGCACUCCUGGCACUGAUGGUCCCAAAGGUGAUGUCGGGUCUGACUGGUCCCAUCGGCCCGCCUGGCCCAGCUGGUGCCAAUGGUGAGAAGGGUGCUGAUGGCCAGCCAGGUGCCAAGGGUGAGCAAGGAGAGGCCGGCCAGAAAGGUGAUGCUGGUGCCCCGGGUCCUCAGGGCCCCUCUGGAGCUCCUGGGCCUCAGGGUCCUACUGGUGUGACUGGUCCUAAAGGAGCCCGAGGUGCUCAAGGCCCUCCGGGAGCCACUGGAUUCCCCGGAGCUGCUGGCCGCGUUGGACCCCCAGGCUCCAAUGUAAGUGCUGCUGCUGCCUGGUUCCUUACUCUGGGAAUGGGAGGCACAGGAGACUACUGGAUUGACCCUAACCAGGGCUGCACCUUAGACGCCAUGAAGGUUUUCUGCAACAUGGAGACUGGCGAGACUUGCGUCUACCCCAACCCAGCGAACGUUCCCAAGAAGAACUGGUGGAGCAGCAAGAGCAAGGACAAGAAACAUGUCUGGUUUGGAGAAACCAUCAAUGGUGGCUUCCACUUCAGCUAUGGCGAUGACAACCUGGCUCCCAACACUGCCAAUGUCCAGAUGACCUUCCUGCGCCUGCUCUCCACUGAGGGCUCCCAGAACAUCACCUACCACUGCAAGAACAGCAUUGCCUACCUGGACGAAGCAGCUGGCAACCUCAAGAAGGCCCUGCUCAUCCAGGGCUCCAACGACGUGGAGAUCCGGGCUGAGGGCAACAGCAGGUUCACGUAUACCGUCCUGAAGGAUGGCUGCACGAAACACACCGGUAAGUGGGGCAAGACUAUGAUCGAGUACCGGUCACAGAAGACCUCACGCCUGCCCAUCAUUGACAUUGCACCCAUGGACAUAGGAGGGCCCGAGCAGGAAUUUGGUGUGGACAUAGGGCCUGUCUGCUUCUUGUAAAAACCCGAAACCAGAAACAACACAAUCCAUUGCAAACCCAAAGGACCCAAGUACUUUCCAAUCCCAGUCACUCUAGGACUCUGCACUGAAUGGCUGACCUGACCUGAUGUCCAUUCAUCCCAUCCUUUCACAGUUUGGACUUUUCCCCCCUCUCUUUCUAAGAGGCCUGAACUGGGCAGACUGCAAAAUAAAAUCUCGAUGUUCUAUUUA